CUUAUUCUUCUUCUUCUUCUUCUUCUUCUUCAAAUGCUCCAACACCAACAACAAUGGUGGGGUUAAGCGUGGUUUUAGAAUCCAACCAAGGAGCCUACUCCACCUCCAUCCUUCUCUCAAAUCUCACCCUCAACUACUCUAAAUCCUCUCUCACCAAAACCCCCUCCUUUCGCCUCCAUUCCUGCUUCCUCUGCAAACGCACACUCUUGCCUGCAAAUGAUAUCUACAUGUACAAAGGAGAUAGGGGAUUCUGCAGUGAGGAAUGCAGGCGCAAACAGAUUUUCAUGGAUGAAGAAGAGAGUUUCAUGAAAGACAAUAAUUCUCGUAAAACCCCGUCGUCUUCGAGCUCUGAAUCUUCUUCUUCUUCUUCAAUGGCGGCGGCGGCGGCGAAGGGGAAGGGGAAGGCGGCUUCUAGGAGUAAUAAAUAACUGCAAAAGUGGGAGGGGACAGUUUUGAGAGGGUUUCGGAUGAAAAUUACGGAAGUACCCUUAGGUGUAAUUUACUAAAUUACGGAUGAGAUGAGAGACCCUAAUCUAACACUCCUACUUCCUUUGUUUGGAAUUCAAUAUAAUCCUCAAGUUUAAAUACUACGUUGCUUCUCUUCCUUUUUCUUUAAUCUCUGUAAUUUUACUUUUUAAAUUGAGUUUGAGGGUUAAUUU